AUGUCUGCAUUUCUCUCCAGAUCAGCAACCACGGUUCUUAGACCAGUUCUCCGUUUAAGGGGCGCAUCAGCAGCCCUUAACAGAACCUCUCUCUCUCUCUCAAACUACAGAUUCUAUGCUGCAACAAGCUUCCCGGAACAUACCGUCAUCAACAUGCCGGCCCUCUCGCCAACCAUGACCGAGGGCAGCUUGGUGAAGUGGCACAAGCAAGUGGGUGACAAGUUGGAACCAGGAGAGUCCAUUGCCGAAGUGGAAACCGACAAGGCAUCCAUGGACUUUGAAUUCCAAGAAGAUGGCUAUUUGGCCAAGAUUCUCGUUCCUGAUGGCACAGAGAACAUCCCUGUCAACAAACCAAUUGCCGUUUAUGUUGAAAAUAAGGACGAUGUUGCUGCAUUUGAGAACUUCACUCCAGCUGAUGCAGGCGACUCCGGUGAGGCACAACCUGCUCCAGCUGGAGAGUCCAAACCUACAGAAAAGCCUCAACAGGCUGACCAGACUGUAAAGGAAGGUGCUUCUUCCUCGUCUGCUGCUGCUUCCACAUCUACCUCCACGGCAGCUCCAACAGACAGAAUCUUUGCCUCUCCCUUGGCAAAGACCAUUGCGCUUGAAAAGGGUAUCCCAUUGAAGGAAAUCAAAGGUACCGGUCCACACGGUAGAAUCACCGCUAAGGACGUCGACUCUUACAAGCCUCCUGCAAGAGAAGCAUCUUCUGCUACUACUUCUACUACUGCUACUGCCACCGGUGCAUCUGCUUCAGCUCCAGCGUUCACCGAUAUCCCAUUGACCAACAUGAGGAAGGUCAUUUCAAAGAGAUUGUCCUCCUCCAAGCAAACUGCACCAGACUACAUUGUCUCCUCCACCAUCUCAGUCUCCAAAUUGUUGAAGUUGAGAAAAUCAUUAAACUCAAAUGCAAAUGGUGAAUACAAGUUGACCAUCAAUGACCUGUUGGUCAAGGCAAUCUCUAAGGCAGCCCUUCGUGUGCCAGAGGCUAACUCUUCCUACCUCGAGGAAGAAGGCGUCAUUAGACAGUUCAACCAAGUCGAUAUGUCAAUUGCAGUAUCCACUCCAACUGGCUUGAUCACCCCAAUUGUCAAGAAUUCCGAUUCCAAGGGCUUGAAGUCCAUUUCUAACGAAAUCAAGGAAUUGGGUAAGAAGGCAAAGGAAAACAAGUUGAAGCCAGAGGAGUUCCAAGGUGGUACCAUUACAAUCUCCAACUUGGGUAUGAACAACGCCGUCUCUAUGUUCACCUCCAUUUUGAAUCCUCCUCAAUCGGUCAUUUUGGCUGUUGGAACUAUCGAAAAGAGAGCCGUUCCUGAUAAGGCCAACGAGUUGGGCUUUGUGUUUGAUGACGUCAUGACAAUCACCGGUACUUUUGACCACAGAACCAUUGAUGGCGCUAAGGGUGGUGACUUUAUGAGAGAAUUGAAGAAGAUUGUUGAAAAUCCUCUAGAAAUGCUAUUAUGA